ACCAGGAAAUCCCGACGGCUCCGGCCGCACGUUGGGGCGCACGCGUAGAGCGUCGCUGUGCAGGUUGGCGGCGCGGAUUGGUGGGAGUCGUUUACUGAGAUUCGGCGUUGGACGGAUGAUUGCUCGCCGUGCGGCCGUCUGCAGUCCGCCCGCACGGUUCUGGGGGCUGGGGCCCCUCUAACUCGAAGCCGCCAUGGAGUCGCUGGGAGUUGCGCAGCGCCGGGGCUGAGUCUGCAGGAACUGUGGGGCGCGGGGCCCAGUGCCCCGGGAUCUACCGGAGUCUGGAACGAGCAGAGCGCGGCCCUCGGCGGGACUCAGCCGCAAAGCCGAAGAGGGCCGCGAAGUACCGAAACCUGAAGCAUUGAGAGCAGCACACAUUAAUGCAGUUGCUGUAGAUGCCUGUUGAACAGCAGAAGUUCCACACCGACGUGAACUGAAUUCUGGGCAUUGCCUGCUUCAGACAUGGAUGAGCAGGAAGCUUUAAAGUCCAUCAUGAAGGACCUUGUGGCCCUGCAAAUGGGCCGAAGGAGCCGAAUGAGCGGCUAUGACAGUGUGAAGAGCAAAGGCAGCAUCCAUGCCAAUAAGCAGAAUGAUGUUCGAAUAAAGUUUGAACAUAAUGGCGAAAGAAGAAUCAUACAAUUCAGCCGUCCAGUCAAAUAUGAUGAACUGCACCAAAAAGUCAAAACAGUAUUUGGGCAGCUAAUGGACUUAAACUACACGAACAAUGAGUUGUUAAUUCCUUUACGAAACCAGGAUGAUCUUGACAAAGCCAUUGAUCUGCUUGAUCGAAGCUUCAGUAUGAAGAGCCUGAAAAUCUUGCUUGUAGCUCGGGAGAAAAACCACACAACACAUGCACCUCCUGCUGUUUCGAAACAGGUCCGCAUAAAGGCCUCUCAGUCUGUCGGGGACAUUCUCAACACAAUCUACCAGCCGCCAGAGUCACGAGGCCGACAUCUCUCUGUCGGUUCUCCAAACACUGGUCGAAGCUCUCCACCCCCAGGGUAUGUUCCAGAACGGCAACAGCGGAUAGCUCGCCAAGGGUCCUACACCAGCAUUCACAGUGAGGGGGAAUUCAUCCCUGAGCACAUGGAACAAAGUAUAUAUGACCCACAGAGCAGUGCUGAAAACUCCAUAUCGAGCAGCUGUCAGUCUCUGGAUAGGCGAGCAGAUAGUCCAUCAUAUCGGAAGUCUCGUAUGUCCAGAGCACAGAGCUACCCUGACAACAGACAGCUGUACUUGGACCGUGAAAAUCAUGUCCCUGAUAAGGCAGGAAAAGGAGGGACCUUUCCCCGACAUUUCCACAUACCUCUUCACCAGAAGGAUUAUGGUGACGGGCGGAGAACCUUCCCAAGAAUUCGCCGACAGCAAGGGAACCUGUUCACUCUCAUCCCAUCCAGUCGGUCGCUCAGUACAAAUGGAGAGAACAUGGGUUUGGCAGCUCAGUACCUGGACAGCCGAGGAAGAAUCCGCAGCGGGGACAGCGAAAACACGCUCUCAGUGCAAGAGAGGAAUGUUUCCACUAAAUCCCCAAGUGCACCUACCAACUGGAGGAGAGGAAAGCUGCUUGGACAGGGGGCAUUUGGACGCGUCUACCUCUGUUAUGACGUGGACACAGGAAGGGAACUUGCUGCAAAACAAGUUCAAUUUGACCCUGACAGCCUUGAGACCAGCAAGGAAGUAAGUGCUUUGGAGUGUGAGAUACAGUUACUGAAGAACCUGCAGCAUGAGCGGAUAGUGCAAUACUACGGCUGUCUACGGGAAAAAGCAGAGAGGACUCUUUCGAUUUUCAUGGAGUAUAUGCCUGGGGGUUCAGUGAAGGACCAAUUGAAAGCGUAUGGAGCACUAACUGAGAAUGUGACCCGGAAAUACACCAGGCAGAUUCUGGAGGGAGUGUCCUACCUUCACAGCAACAUGAUUGUACAUCGGGAUAUAAAAGGAGCCAACAUUCUGCGAGACUCUGCAGGGAAUGUAAAACUGGGUGACUUUGGAGCAAGCAAACGACUACAGACAAUAUGCAUGUCGGGGACAGGGAUUCGCUCAGUCACUGGGACGCCGUACUGGAUGAGCCCAGAAGUUAUCAGUGGCGAAGGCUAUGGAAGGAAAGCCGAUGUUUGGAGCCUGGGGUGUACAGUGGUGGAGAUGCUAACAGAGAAACCUCCAUGGGCAGAAUAUGAAGCAAUGGCUGCCAUUUUCAAAAUUGCAACUCAGCCGACAAAUCCCCAGCUGCCUCCACACAUUUCAGAUCACUGCAAGGACUUCCUGAAGAAAAUAUUUGUGGACGCCAAGCAAAGACCAUCAGCAGAGGAGCUGUUCAGAAACCCAUUUGUGCAGAUCAUUCACUAAUGGAGGUCGUUGGUGUGGAGCUGGGAUUUACUUUUGGAAAAACUAUCUUUUGGUUAUUAUGCCUCAUGCUUUAUUCAGUCACUAUACUCAGUAAUGAGAGUGCCUAUACCCAGGAUAACAGUUUAGUCCAGGGGUAUAGUGUGAGUGUGAAGAGUAACUGGACAUCUGUGGGGUUCUCGAUGCAUCUGUGGACACCACUGAUGGGCUGUUCAGCAGAGAAUCACAUCUCGGCACUACGUUCCAUCGGAGAAGGGCCGGCCGGAUGGGGUGUAGCAUUUGGAAGGAGCGUUGAAGCAGCUCAAUUAAAAUUUGUGGUAUAACAAAUGCGGAGCUAGAGAUUAUGACUGGUGAAAAGUAUGCUAGAUCUUUGUCCAUAAUGGAAGUUACACAACCUCUCCGCGGAAUAUAUUGAACUAGAGUAUCUUACAAAACUGCCUUUUUUACUCUCCGUCCACCUAUCUUCAUCUAGAAUUAUUCCAUGUAGACAAAGCCUUCCACCAGGAGGUGUACUUUAGGUUUUCGAAAGGGGCUUUGACCUAUAGAGUUUCACAGCUAUAUUUGUCUAAUUCAUGCUUCUAACAGAGGUGAUAUAUUCUGUGCUGUGUGUUUGUGUAUGUGUGAGGCAUCACGCACAUGCGCACACACACACACCCCACAUGCGUUCACAUACAUGUACAUACAUAACAUGUAUACCAAAGUAUGAUUAUUUUGAUUCUAUUUUGCCCAACCUUGAAUGUCCUCCUUGAUCUGAUGAGAUUUAGAUCAAGUUAAACCAUACUGUGGUUACAUGUCUAAUAACUAGUUGGAGCCUGUAGAAUUCAACAAUUGUCGAAUCCAUUGUGCUUUUACCAAUGUUGUGGGUCUUCAUGUUGUGAGUGAGAGGGGCAGUUCAUUUUUUGCACACGUUAAAGGUGCCAAUCUUCCACAACGGAAAGAAAUGUAUUAAUUCCCCCAUUUUAACCCUGUGCCUUCUGGUUACUCUGUAAAAAGAAAUAAUUUAUUGCGAUUCUUACUUUUUUGAUCUGCCAGUGAAUCCUUCAGUUCAACAAAGUAAUGACACUGAAAUUAAUUUUAGAAAUUGAGAUUGUUGAAUGACUCCAUGCAGCAGCAGAGCAGUAACCUCACUAAGUAUUGCCUCUAUGUAAUUCAGUUACAACAUUGCUGUGUAACUGACAGGGUUUUGGUGAUUCUUUGGUAUCUGUAGUGAUGGGUAAUUUAGCUUGGUGCAAUCAGUGUUUCCGUUUUAUUUUGAAGAUUCCCACCCUAUCUCUUGACACAUAAGCAACAGUCCGCAACAGUUUUCUCCUCCCAGAUGUGCUUGUGGUCUUCUGUGGUGUUAUAACCUCCACCAAUACUUUUAGCCAACACUGUUAUAAUCCUGCAGGUCUGCUGGAAAGUACUGAAAGACCAUACUUGCAGCACGUGUACAACGGUGUUAAAUAAUGGCAAGCACCAUUCUCCACAUAGCUAUUGGGGUUUGAAUGGGUGUCUGCCCUCUAUUCCUGGCAUGCCCAACUGAGGCUGACUUGAUGCCAUUGACAAUCUCAUCAAAAACACUAUUCUUUAUCCAGUUGAUUUUAGCAAAAUGUCAUAAUGGAUGGAAGUGGAAGCCAUGAGUUUUAAGCUUUCUCUCUUUGGUGUGGCAACCAUGUCAUGAAACGGACCUUGUUCCACCCAAGUCUGACCACCUAUCCACAUUGUUUUUUGAAUGAGAAUCUAUGCACAUUGCAGUUUUAUUUUCAUUAAUUAAAGGAAUGUUCAUCAGGACUUUACCACUGAUAUGAACCCCCUGUACACUAUGAUCAAAUAGCAGUCAUAUUAUUGAAAUGAAAGCCCCUGCUGUUGCCAAACUUUCUUGUGUGAACUGAGCAUCGAGCUUCAGGAAAAUUCUUGCAUAGUAUUGAUAUAUUUUUAGAAAGAGUCCCAGAUCUAAAUAUCCACUGGCCAACAUGUGCUUCGAAAUCUUCAUUUAAUCAUCAAACUUAUUGCUCAACAUCAUCAAUCGAUCACAUUUCAAAAAUUUGUCUGUGAAUUCAGAGAGACAACAGUGACUUCAAGCCAAUUCUUUGAAAACUGGCCCCACCAUCCCUAUCCUGACAUAAGAAUAGCCAGCCCAUUAUUUGUGGCCUUCCAGUCUCAUAUAUACCCAGAAUGAUUGUACCAGAGAUAUUGCCCAUCACUGGAACCAUGAGUUGUAAAACAAAUGGACAGAGAUCUCUCUCCCAUUUUCUGAACAAGACGGCUAUCAACUGCUAUCAGCUCUGUGAAGAUGCACUUUCUUGAAUGUAUUUUGUACUGAACUUAUUUUUUAACUUUCUCUUUGCUGAUGUAAUUUAUGCCUCUUUAUACUUUUAUUUUUUUAUUUAUGAGAUGCUAUUUGGUUUAAUAUAUGUAUGUGUAUAUACCUAUAUAUACAUAUAUAUGACGCAAGACUGUUGCAUAAAUCUAAUGCAAUUACGGUGCCUUUAAGAAAAAGCAGCUGGUUUUGCAGAUAUUGGCAGGAGACUUUAAAUACGUUCUGUGCUAUCCAGCAUGUUGUGAAGUAAUUUUCACCAAAAUGGGAGCAAAGUGGAAAAUGUGGUAGAGGUGCAGACUGGGAGUGUGCUAAUUUUGUGUUAAAUACUUGUCAUGAACAUUAGAAAUUAUUAUGCCAGAGGAAUGCAAGAGUACAAAUUUUGAAACUGAUAACAGUUCUCAAUUGAGAGGUGAAAGUAUAUUUUUUCAUAGUUUGUCUUCAGUAAGGUGUUAAAUGUGUUUUCACAUGAUAGUGGGCGAAAGCAUGAGCAGCUUUCCUUGUCACUGUGAAGCUAUGUCCCUAGCUUGGUCCAAUGUUUUGAUUCCAAUCAUUCUUGAUAUGACUGCACUCUCCUUGGCCUGCUUCCUUCAGUAAUUGUUCUACUUCCUCCCCCCCUCCCCCUCAUACUGCACAAUGCUUAUUCUACCCUCUCUCCUAUAAGACUUGCCUCCCCAACUUCCAAAAUCCCCUCAAGACAUGCAAGGGCAUCUUUGAUUAUUUGAGGCUUAAUAAUCUAUCUAUAAUAAAAACAGAAAAUGCCUGAAACACUCAGCAGGUUGAGCUGAAACAUUAAAUAUAUUUCUCUUUCCACAGAUGCUGUCUGACAUGCUGAGAGUUCUGCUUUUAUAUCAGAUUUGCAGCACCUGAUUUUUUUUUUAAAUUUUCAUUUAGUCUUCUACCUCCACAUUCUCACAUACUACUGAUUUGCUUAAUCAGUAGUAUCUUGCAUUUUUGGAUUUAAGUCCAACUCCAGAGAAUUGAGCAAAAAUAGGGUGACUCAACAAGGGGCACUGCACUUAUGAUGGUGGUAUCUUUUGGAUGAGUUAUUAAAAAUGCUUUCUCAAAUGGAUGUAGAUAAAAUUUCAGAGCACUAUUUCAGAUAAGCGCAAGGAGGUACCCAUGAUAUCUGGCCAAUAUUUCCCAACAAUCUACAUUAUCAGGCCACUAUCACAUUGUUAUUUGUGUGACAUUACUGCUCACAAAUUGACCACCAUUUUCUCCAGUGAGUUAAAACAGUAUCCACACGUCAGAAGCUGGGAUUGAGCAUUGAGCUGGACAAUGAAAGAUGUCCAUGUUUCACCACCUUUAAGCUUGAGUCAUUUUGCUUAUCUCGCACCUGUUCAUUCCGCCUCUAAACCCUCUGAAAUUUACCAGAAUGUUCUUUACGCUAUUUUAGACAUUCAGGAGAUGCACAAUUUGAACAAGUAACAAUGAAGUACUUAAGAAGUAGGAAAACAAGGGUCCCGACUUUCAUAACAAAUUCCUUUCUGUUCUUUCCUGUAGAACAUGAAAAGCCACCAAUUCCCAGCUCUUUCAUUUAUUUUUCAGAGUUCGGAGAACUAGAGAUUCUGUGCAUUGCUGAUGUAUGCAGGGUUUUGAAAGGUUGAGUAUUGUUUUUCUCUGUAAUGUUGAACAGCUGUUGGCAGGAAAGGGGAGUGAUUAUUCCUGGCAGCACACAACCUGGUCUGCACAGAACAUCUGCGUAAAGUCUUCAAUCACGUGGGCAUGGCAGGCUCAAAGAAGCAUGAAAGGCUUGCGAUGUACAUAAAUAAUGCCUCAUCGCUAUUCAUAUUUUUGAUAAGUAGAAAUGCAUUUACACCAUUUAAUUUUUUUCCAAAUUACUAUUUUUCAUGAUACUUGAAUGUUUUAAUUGAAAACAGUCAGCCAAGUCUACUUUCCUUUCAUCCUUUGGCACCAAUUUCUCUCUGGUCUAACUGUUCCAAAGCAAGUGUCUAAAUUCAGAGACGUUUAUAGGUUAAUCUAGGUUGUUUCUUCAGAUGGUUUCUCACAGCUGCCUUUGAAGGGAUUAGUACUUUGAAGGGGUUUGAUGCACACAAACUGUGGUGACCUGUUACCUUUGAAUCUUUGCAGCACUUCAGGUCCAGAAAGUACAUUAAACAUUUGAAGUCACAAUCAGACAACCUGUCUGCAUUAUAGAGGCAUCAGAAGCUGAAGGUCAGCUUUGAGAUCAACAGUGGGAGAGGAAUGUUUGUAAAUAUAUUGGCCUGCAGCCCAGCACAGGUACAUUUGUUGUCAGAGUAUCUAAGGAUUUGUUUGAUCAGAGUUUCCUUCCACAGCUCCAAAUCCAUGACAACCAGAGACCGAAACACCAGGCUUGCAGAAGCAGAUGUCAGAUGAUUUUGAGCAUCUGGAUCGCAAUUUGCCAUCUCCAUUUAACUCUGUUCUUCACUCGGUGUUGGUUAGUUUGACCAUGUGUGACCAGAGUCUGAGAAAAGAAUCUGUUGAGCCCAUUUUAAUGGUGCAUCUUCUCUGGAUGGUGUGGUGCAAUGCAACCUGCGCUCGAGCUUUGGAUACAAACCAAUAUCCACAAAUCCCCUCAGUUUAUGCCUGUGGGAAGGCAUUUCCAUGUGAAUUUUGGGGUUGCAGGCUGGGCAGUCACCACAUUAAUCUCUUGAAUACCUGACUGGAGUUCUGGGUGAGAGGCAUUAAAACAGUCCCCCCCCCCCACCAUGGUUACAGUGAGUUACAUGGUGGAGGAUCAAAUCAAAUCUGCCAUCCUCCAGAAAAGUUGAAAUAUUCACUUCGCGAAGUAAAAUAAUCAUAGUACUUAUUAAAUUGCCAAUGUAAGAAGAAAUCAUGUGCUUUCAGAGGCCCACUUCUGACUAGAUGUAUGAAUCACUCAGUUCAUUUUUUAAUACCAAAAGUGCCCGGUCUUCACUUAGAAGAACCAACAGCAGACGGUACUGCUGUUGGUGUCCAAAUAUAUAACAUAACCACAAAGCCAAAGACAUUGUUGCAUAGAUGAGCCUGAACUGUACAGAAUCAUGUGACCCAAGUCCUUUCCUGACUUCAUCUCGUCCUGUGCACUACACGUGGAGUGGGUUGGGCACAUUGCAUGCCCACAUGCUUGCUAAAGAAUCAUCUUCCCCACUACCCCCACCUGCCAUUUUCUUCUUUAUAUCUCAUGGGGGGGGGGGGGGGGGGGG